AUAACCUAAAUAAAUAUGGUGAGGAUUGAAAUCACCAUCCUUUAUGUAAUAAUAUGAUAUAUUGUUUCAGUGAUUACUUGGCUGUAACCGUAAAUAAUGAUGAUUUGGACGAACUUAUCAAACUUAGAAGAGAAAAUCGGAAGGCGUUACAAAUGAUUAAAGGUUGCAUGAAAAAAAUACAGCAACAAGAUAAAGAAAUAAAGAAAUUGAAAUUGAACAAAGAACUGGCAUACGCACACGUAAGUGACUCCCAAAUGGAAAAAUAUGAAGAAAUAUUGAAAUGCAAAGAUGAACACAUUAAGGAUUUGGAAAAUAAAGUGAGAGAGCUUCAAAAAAAUGUCGAUAAUAUCAAUAACGAAGACAAUACAGGAAACCUUCAACAAUUGUUGACUCGUCGUUUACAAGGCUUGGCUUAUUUUCUGGACAAACUUUUAUCACACAAGUGUGUUUUGGGUGAGGACAAACAAAAAUUGGCCGAAAGUAUCUUAGAACAGAGCUUAGCACUUCCGGUAGGAUUAAAAUUAGACGAGUCUAUGGCACCAGAAGACUUCACGAUGGAUGAAAGUAACCUAGAUGUAUCAAACGCACUAAGAAUUGAAGAUCUAACUAUGAUGUUUGGACAUCACGGUAUCUGUGCGGAAGAAAUGAGUAAAUUCUCAUUGAAGAGAUCAAAGCCUUUCCCACAAGCAGAUGUUAUGUCUGAGUCAGAGUGCUGGUCAGAGCCUGAUAGAAACGUGUCUUUAGCUCGAGUUGGUCUAUGCGACACUGGAGUGGUUGCUAGAGAAUCCACUUCGGAUGUCAAUAAAUAUCGGUCAAGAAGGUCACGUGUUUCUUUAGGCUCUCGGUCCGAAGACAACAAGAACGUCAAUGAACAUCUUUCAGUUGAAGAAAUGAAUCAACUGGUUAAACGAAAUGAUCUUAUUGAAGACGAGAACAACGAUCUCAAGAGCAAAUUGGAGUUUGCUAUGCAACAAAUAAAUGAACUCAUAGUGGAAAGGGAUGAAUUAAAAAAUAAUCUAGCUUCUGAACGUGCCAAUCAUGCGGAAUUAAAGAAGAAUGCAGAUUUCAUGUGUGAAAAUAUAAAACGCUUGGAGAUUAAGAUUGCGGAGGUUGAAAAACAAUUAGCCGAAGCCGUUAGCUUUAAUGAAAAGUUGCGAGUUGAAAGACAAGAAAUGGAAACGAUGCACAUGGAAACCGAACGAUCUUUGCGACGGGCUGCAGACGAGGCAACAGUGCAAGCUUCCCAGGCCGCUUUAGAGCGAGCACGGGCUCAACAUGACCGAUUAAGGAUUGAAAGAGAACUAGAAGAAGCCCGCGAAAAAUUAGCGUCUGCAUUAGACAUGAACGCUCAACUAGAAAUCGAAGUAACUCGUAAAGUGGCUAUGGACGCCAAUAUGAAAGUAGCAUACGUUAAUGAAGGCCAAUCAGAAGAAGAAAGGCCAACGUCUCCAGACCAGGGUAUUGAUAGUGACAGGCUGUCAAGCCUGGAACAAAAUGAAGCUGUUACAUUGUCACCUCGUUCACUAUAUGAAGAAAAUUUAACUCUUAAGCAGAAACUUGCCAGAACUAAAACAACGUUGGCAGAAACUUUGGCACAGUUAAAUGCUGCUAAUAUGAGAAAAAGAAGUGUACAGCGUGCAAUCUGCCGAGAAAUUCAUAAAACUCAAGGAGUCCUACGAAAAGCUCGUGAUCAACUUGAAAAUCAGACCAACCCACAAGGGUUAUUGUAAUAAGUUAAAAAUUCAAGACUUCAGCCAGUGGAAAGGCGUGAUAAGUAAAUAAUGUUUUUUUUAUUAACAUAGAUAUCCCUGACUUUCUGUGUGGUGUUGAUGUAGGUAUUUUUAAUAUAAUUAAUAUUCUCUAUUGUAACAAAUGAACCGUAUCAAUUUAAACAACUAGGUACCGAUGUUUGUGCUGUUUUAUAAAUUGUCAAUAAAUGAUUAUAUUUUUAUUUA